UGCAACGCACCACUGGGUAUGGAAAACGGUGAAAUCCCGAAUGAAGACAUCACCGCCAGUUCCAUGUACGAUCCAAGUCUCGGGCCUAUGCGUGCCAGACUGCACAUAGACAAAGGUGGCGGUGCUUGGUGUCCGAAAAAUAUGGUCACGAAGGAAGGCAAAGAAUACCUGGAAGUGAAUCUGCACAAUCCUCGAAUUAUCACGUCAACCCAGACGCAGGGUAGAUUCGGGAAUGGCCACGGUGUCGAGUAUACCGAGGAGUACUUCAUCGAAUACUGGAGGCCGGGUUUCAACAAGUGGGUGCGGUGGAAAGAUCGACGGGGUAUGCAUCUGCUUGCAGGGAACAACAAUCCUUACACGGAAAGGGAACAGAUUUUCGACCCGCCUAUAAUUGCGACUCGGAUUCGUUUCAUUCCGUACGCAUCACACAUGAGGAUCGUUUGUAUGAGAGUUGAGCUCUACGGAUGUCUGUGGAACGGACUGAUAUCCUACUCGAUGCCCCAGGGCAUCCAACGUGGUUCUGAGAUCGAUCUCACCGACAGAACGUAUGAUGGACACGAGGAUGAAGGGUACCUGUCAGGUGGGAUGGGCCAAUUGGUCGAUGGUCAAAAAGGACCGGACAACUUCAGGCUGGACGUGAAUGGCAACGGCAGAGGCUACGAAUGGGUUGGCUGGAGAAACGACACCCCCAGUAUGAUUGGACAUCCAGUCGAGAUCAUCUUCGAGUUCGAUUAUUUAAGAAACUUCACCGCGAUGCAUCUACAUACGAAUAACUAUUUUUCAAAAGAUGUGCAGGUAUUCUCCCAUGCAAAGGUAUAUCUGAGUCCCGGUGAUAACCAGUUCAACGGUGAGCCUGUACAUUUCUCGUAUAUGCCGGACCUGGUGCUUGAACAAGCGCGAGAGGUCACAAUAAAGUUGCACUCCCGGGCUGGCCGUUAUCUCAAGCUUCAGCUGUAUUUUGCUGCACGAUGGAUUAUGCUCAGCGAAGUCGUAUUCGAAUCAGUGAUAUCCGAAUGGAACAAUACCGAGGACGAUGAGGCCAAGAACCGCACUGCAAUAGCCGCAGCAACAGGCAGCCCGUAUCAGAAUAACGAGGGCCCGUUGCAACGAGACGAAGUCAAGGCAACGUUCAACAAGGACGAGGGGCACGUUAACAGCAUCUUUCCAGAUAAGAGUAAAGAACCUGCGGAAUCUAAACAGCUGAUCGGACUCGUAAUCGGCAUCCUCACAACAGUAAUCGUGAUGCUACUCGCUGCAAUACUUUUCAUCUUCUACAGAAACAGAAGACUGAAAGCUGCUCUAACACCAGCUGCGUUCUACGACCGUCAAGGGGAUUUCAAGGUCUCCGCGGUGGAUGAGAACGAGGACAAGGGUCCGAUCUGCCCGCCUCUUCCUGCUCAGUACCAGCCAGGAGCCUACAACAUCACCAAUUCGACCAUUACCACGCCCCAGCUUCACAAAACCAGCACCGAAUAUACCGGAACUCCGGAAGGAACAGCUCAACCGCAGCCAAUCGUUCCACUGCUGCUUAACACAGCAAUCAAUCUUGCCAGACCUAUUCCGCCGGUUCAAGAAUAUCCAUGUAAUCCACCGCCCAUACCACCUCCGCCGGAAAAAUAUUACGCCAGUACGGAAAUAUGCAAGAGUCCGGACUUGCCACCACUUCCACCGUCGCCACCGAGUCCAAACACGCCACCAGCACCAACAAGCUUGAGCGCAAAGCCGUCUGGCAGUCUGGCCAGUUACAGCCCCGAGGACAUGCUCACCGAGGACGAGGAAGACGAGGAUCUCGGUAUCGGUGGCAGCCUCGGAGGCAGCACCGUCGGCCCUGCUGCACCAUCAGGAUGCUGCAUCUUCAACUUCCCCAGGGAAAGACUCAACAUCGUCGAGAGCCUUGGCUGCGGUUACUAUGGGGAUAUUCACUUGUGCGAAGUCGACAGGUUCCCCGGGUAUGAAGACAUAUUCAGAGGCACCGGCAGCGACCUCGUUGUCGUCAAAUCACUGCGACCAGGCUCCUCGGAUACCUUAAGGAUAGAAUUUCAACAAGAAGCGAAGAGGUUGGCGCGGGUAGCCGAUCGGAACGUUGCCCGUUUACUCGGUGCCAGUCUCGAGGAUGAUCCCAUGUGCAUUGUAUCGGAAAACGGAGAGUACGGUGAUCUGAAUCAAUACCUACAGAGCCACAUAGCUGAGACUUCUACGGUACACACAGCCAAAACCCUAAGCUUCGGCACUCUCAUAUACAUGGCGACGCAGAUAGCAUCGGGCAUGAAGUAUCUCGAAGAAAUGGACUUCGUACAUCAGGAUCUUGCCACGAGAAAUUGUCUGGUGCAUCGAAACUACACGGUUAAAGUUUCCGACUUGGGUCCCGGAAGAGCCGCUUAUGUUGCGGACUAUUUCAAAGUGGAGGGACGACCGCCGUUGCCUAUCCGAUGGAUGGCGUGGGAAUCGAUGCUGCUGGGUAAAAACACCUCGAAAAGUGACGUAUGGUCGUUCGCCGUAACGUUUUGGGAAAUCCUAACAUUUGCUCGGGAGCAACCAUUCGAAGAGCUGCCAGAUCAUCGGAUUGUUGAAAACGCGACGUUCUUUUACCAAGAGGACGAGAGGAGGAUGAUACUGCCAUUGCCGAAGAAUUGUCCAAAAGAGAUGUACGAUUUGAUGCGCGAAUGCUGGCAACGUAACGAGGUUGAUCGUCCGACAUUCCAAGAGAUCCACCUGUUCCUCCAGCGUAAGAAUCUUGGCUACAAGCCAAAUUCGUCGAACGACACUUGAUACAGAGAACUGGAAGGCUGGAAUUUAAUCCGGCUUUCUAUGAUUGGCGAAUUGAAUGGCAAUUGGUGGAGUUGUCCUUCAUCAACGACCAAAUAAAAGAAGAAAGUGUGAUUUAUUCAUUCGAACAGGAAAACCACGAGUGCGAAUCUCAACUCGAGACACAAAUUGGAAAAUGGAGAAAAAAAAACACACACAAAAAAAUGGAAAAAAGCUUUUGCGAUUGCGUCUAGUGUAAAGUAAACGAAAAUGAGCGAAACCGUACACGUUUGUAUCGAAAUGAAACGACAAUAAAACGUCGCAUUAACCAUCACUGCGUAAACAUUGUUAAUAUCACAUUAUUCAUAGAACUCAUCUUGGAAGAAACGUGCAAAGGAAAAAAGCCGAGUCUAAUUAUUUUAUCAAAAAAUCAUGCGAUCAACAGAGAGAAAAAACUGAAAUCCGAGAAAAAAUACUUAAACAAGAUCCUCAUCGAGGACUUUCGACCAAAGUGUAUCGCGAGCAAUUUCAUUUGAAAAACGCACUCGGAAUCAUUGUUCAUAACCUGAAACAGCGAACCAGCAAAUACGAAUGAAUUGAUACAUUUCCUCGUACGAUGAAAUGGUUUUCGGAUAAUGAAAGUUUACGCUCAACGCAGGCUGGUCCCAGGUGGGAUAUCAGCAUCAUGAAACCACAUAACCGCAAUGGGCGAGUGAAAAUGGCACGAUAUCACGUCAUUCAUUUUCCUGCAUAUAUUUACAACACAAUAUCAAGCUCCGAAUAAUUUUCGUACGUUUUACAUUUGCGUUUAAUACUGGAAUAUAAAACUGCCGAAAAAUCCAGCCCAAUGAACUUUAAUACUUUGUAGAAUACUAUUAGAGUUGGCAGUCUAAAUUAGCAAAUGGAAUCUGUUGAGCAGACUACGAUCGGAAGUGUCGUUAACCUUUGAAAUUCCUUCUCUGAAAAUGAACUAUUCAAAUGUUAUGUCACUGUGGAAGACAUAACGUGGAUAAAACGAUAAAAACCAUGACCCCCGAGGAUAGUGUGUUCCGAGACAAAAAUCCUCGAAACCGAGCUGAAAAACUUCUUAAAUAAUCUGCUCAAUCACUGCUUCAAAAAAGAACGAUUUCGUCAACGAUUUUUACAGCAUAUUUGAACGCUGAACGAGACGCCGGGGGAUUGAAACUAAUUAAACUAAUAGAACAAAGAAAAUCAUGUUUGGAUAGAAACAUCAGUGGAACCAGGUGGAACAAAAGCAUCGAAUAAUCGCGUGCACAUAACAGCGGAAUACUUGACACGGAAUCCUUUGCGAGAGUGCGUUUGUGCUCGGCGGAGAUCGAAGAAAAGUGGUCGGGGGCUGGAUGUACCGUUGGUGAAAUAUACGUUCUAUGAAUCAAGCGUAUGUUAUUCCGGAAUUGAUACUGUCAGCAAACAAGGAUUUGAUAGGAUGCCGGAGGCUGGAGAAUCGAUGGUUGAUAGCAGCGUGUGCUGCUGACUGGAGGAUAGCGUUACCUGCUUCUCCUUUCACCGUUCAACGUCCUCACGUCGUCGAGGAUAUAUGUGGGUCCAAUAAAAAAAUCGUCUGAAUUUCAUCGUUGUCUCGAAUUCUACAUUACCGAUGCCACACAUUCGGAAUCCUUGGGCUCUGCCAAGCUAGAAAUCAUUCAUUUCACCUUCGUAUGUACGGGCAAGACAUGUUCCUCUGUCUCUCUGGCGGCGUUUUCGCAUUUUCUGGUGGCAACCAGCAAAGCUGAGAAUCACUCUUCAACGUUCGAUACUGUUAUUCCAGCUUUUCAUGACUCAUCGGAUGCGAUGACGUUCAAUAGACGGAGAAAUUCAAUCGUAGCCAAGUGUCGAAUUGAUCUAUUUCAAUAUGUCGAUCCUCCCACUUUUCGACGAUCAUUCAAUGAUUUCCGUUGUAAAUACUCCACCAAUUGAGUUAUUUGACGUUCGAGCCAGACUCACUUAUUCCCACAUUUUUCAAAAUAUUUUUAAUCUUUGUUCAAUCGCCAUGGAAUAUGACAUUUUUUUUGUAGCCAUUGAACGAUGUCAGAUGCUCACAAAAGGCAAAAAGUGUCGGGGCAGCAAUAACUUGAACGUUCGCUUGGCUGCUGAUUUUUUCUAGAAUAAAAAUAGAAUUUAAAUAUUUCAAAGAAAAAGCAACUCAUUUGAGGAAAGCCAAUUUCGAUCUCGAACUGUUCACAUCACAUUUUUUAUGCCAGCACUCCGGAUACACUCGAAAGACCACAAUUUCUCAUAAUGCAGUUGACAAUGAGAUUGGCACGUUAAAGAAGAAAAAUGAGGGCAUCGCCAUUGACAUGAACAUUGAAACACGAACUUCCAUUGUUGUUCCUAACAAAUACUUCGCACAGAAUCCCAUAACUGCUAAAAUCGUUCUACAGGUCAAGCACUGUCCUCAGAUUCCUGAGAACUCGAAGAUCUGCAGAUGCACGAACGAGUGAAAAAUCCUAAAUGGAAGGAAAACUUUUUAUACGGGGCAUUAGACUACCUUGAGGAUGAAUCGGUUGAAUAAAUGUUGAAAAUUUAGAGAACUUUAGUAGCUAAAGAAUACGAGCCGUGGAUACGAAGCGAUGAGAUUCCUGGAGAUGUGCACAAUUCAAUCAACUCACGCUGUAAGAAUAUCAGGAAGAAUCUACGAAAGAUUAACAGAAACAAUAGAAAUGAAUUAUUACAAAAAAAAUUGUUACACUCGCGAAAAAACUACCGAAUCUUUUUUACGUCAAAUAAAUGGUAUGCAAAUGUUAACCAGUGUUAUACAUAUAUACUAAAGUGCGGUCGAUCCGAAGAGGAUUGUAUACUACACCGUUGAACGAUGCCGUUGAAGUGCGACGACGUUCGAAAAUUCAGACGAAUACACGUAAGAACGAGAUUUGUGGGUAAACUUAGAUUGGUCUUUUGGCAAACUACUUGUAAGCUUCAAAUGCGCUUAGCCAAAGUGCACGAAUGUUUGACAAUACGAAUAGAGGUUUUGGGUAAAUUUUUUAUGUACGUACACGUAUACACAUAUUAAAGUGCAUCGUUUUUAACAUUUUCAUUAGACUUUUCGACCAUCAGUUUUUCUACGCCUUUAUCCAAGUAAAUAAAUCGAUUAAUUUAUAAAAAAAAAAAACGGUCAUUGGCAUCUGAUUAUUUGGGGGCAGGAUUUCGAACCGAGGCUCCAGGAUUUGACUUUAGAUUUUUACGUUGUUGCUACCUUAUUGAGGAUAUUCUACUCAUGAUAAAAGUCGAUGACUUUAGGUUCUCGAAAAUCAUUGAAAUGCCAAGUGCUCCAAUUGAUUUCUUAAAGUAUACACACGUAUUUACCCAAUGCCUAUAUAAAUAAAUACUCGAACGUUCCAGCCUCGUGGUUCGAUACAGUAAACUUAAGUUCAGUGUAGGAGAUUCCAAGUCCAAAGUCUGUUGGUAUUUUCUGAUAAAUUGAGGGAAAAACCGAUGAAACAGGUCCGAGGAAGGAAGGAGUCGAAAAAGUACAUGAGGCUUUUCGACUUUGAUUCAAACUCUGCAUCCGAGUGCGUGGUAUUGCGACCAGCCGAACUGAAACGUUCUGCAAAUAUAUCAUAUUAAAAAAUAGGUACAUGAAGGAAGAGGAAAACGAGAGAGGGAGCAUAAAAAAUACAGAAGUAAAGUGUUUACGAGCAUGAGAAUAUAAAACUAAACUCUGUAUGACUAAAUUAUAUAGCUACGAUGUAAAAAGACGAGACGGUAUGCAAGGGCUUUGUACAUGACACUCUCAUCCAUCGCGAUCCUCCGUCAGAGACUUGAGAAAACUUUUAUUUUUCCAUUUCAAGCUGAUAUUGUAUUGCGUUGUACAGUUGUAGUGCGAAUAAAUUCUGGUGAAAAUGAAUAUGCUGGGAGAAGCAACGAAAUGAGAGGGUUGCACUUAAAGAGCUCGAGGAAAUUUGCCAAAGCUGUAAUAUCGAUAAAUAGAGGCUUCUAAAAAAAACAGCAGGAUGUGACUUUAGCUUAUAAAAAACGAAAAGCUUAUUACCGCUCGUGGGGCACGAAGCAAUUAGCAGAUACGAUCGUUGGCGCAAAAAAGAGGAAAAAAUAGUUCAUUGUUAGUUCGAGGCAAUUAAUUUUUUUUCUUCCAUUUCUCUCGUGUUUUCAAUUCGUUUGUUUCGGCCUUUUGGAGAGAAUAAAACCUAAAAAAAACGUAUUUUUCUGCCUCUCAAGCGAAAUUAUACAUUCUUCGAUUAUAUGCCUGCGCACUUACCGCUUUUAUUAUUUUUUCUUACCCUCUUCCCUUCUGUACAUACUAACACAUGCGACUUUAAACACCAGCAGUUAUUACUUCGCUCGAAUCUCUCCCCUUUUUCGUUCUCGCAAUUAAGCACUCCCUGCAAAUUAUCAACAAAUAGUGAAACGCGUGCGGAUGUCGUAAGACCUCUUAGAAUACGGAAAUGAAUCGUUACGAAUCACUCAAGUUGAUAUAUUUAUCUCGGAUUUAAAUAUAAAUGUAUAUACACUUACCUCGAGAAAUUCAAGAGGUAAAAACAAGCAGAGAGACUAAGGUAAGCAAAUUCAGCCAUCGAUAUUAACUGACGUUGAAACGCUGCUAAUCCGGAGCUAGAAAUGUAUCACGGUAUACAGAAACCUAAUAAUUUAUAGAGGAAUUUCAACAUAUCCAGGAUCUUUGUAUUCCCUCAUCAAUGCGUGCAUCACAAGCGAAAUGAGGAUGAAAUAUUAAGUUCUUCAUCUUUAUUGUCAUCGAUCUCAUGUUUUUUCUGCCUGUUAUACGUUUUUAUAAAUAAAAAUCGAGAGAGAAGAUCUCUAGAAAUCUUGUGAAAAAUUGCAUUGUUUUCGAGACUUCCACCUUGUAUAUUCGUCCAAGUGUAAUCCACCGCAAUUCACAAUGGAAUAUUAUAGAAUUUGUCGUUUCGUCAAGGUCGAAUUUUCGAAGAAAGCAACCAUUUUGUUUGACACAUUCAUAUGUAUAUUUUAAAGAAUAUAAAUAUAUGGGUAUAAUACGUACAUAAAUAAUGUAGUAUCGAGCUCUUGGUAAAGAAUGUACCUAUACGUAUGUGAUAAUGAAUGGAUGUGCUAACUAAAAGAGGAUAAUUUGAGAAAAGAACAUUGAAAGCGCACAUAUCCAGUCGUUUAUUUGUCUAUUAAAUAUGAGGGGAUAAAAGAGAGAUAAAGAGAGAAGUAACAGUGGGAAAAGUUAUUGAAAAUGCUGACGAACAAUAAGAAAUAUAAAGAGGGAUCGAUGUGCAAAUGAUUUUUAGUCGUUGAAGGACGUCACAUGCUCUAUCCUCGUUAUACAUUUUAAAAUUGGAGAAAAUAAAGAGUGAGAGAGGCAAAUGGAUAGCUUGUAAAAAGGAAGGAUUUAAAGACAUGAAAAUUUAAAUGCUCUUGGGACCUCGUUGUUUCAUUGAUACACGCCUAUCCUGUCAUGGUAAAAGUGGGGAAAAUUCAUCGCCGAUAAUGCCACGUUAAUCAUUCAAAUAUCCGUUACGAAUAAUCGAGCGUGCGAUUAUUUUAGACGUCAUAAUGCGAUCAUUCUGACGAGAGAAAAACUCGUUUUAAGGCAAAUUAUAUAUCGAAAUUGUAAAUAGAUAUAUCCUAAUGUACGAGGGCACUGCACUGAUCGACUCGUCGCGCAGUUCUAUAUAGUAUUAGGGAGUUAUAAUAUUGUUAUCAAUGGCGUAUCAUCAUGUAUGAAAUAUAUACGAUGUACUACGAUUAUAUUUAUUAUUAAAUAACUCACACCCUGUAUAAAUGUUCACAAUCUAUUUAAUACGUUUGUACAUAGUGGAAAAUCCGUUUUCAAUAAAUACUCAGCGCUUUGGGUUGUCGCUCGACUAAAUGUA